CAAAGUCUCGCGAGAGUUCACAGGACACCGAGGUCAUUUCCUCAAAAUGUAAACAGAAGUGACAUGCAGGCGAUAUGAACAGAUAAAUAUCUCAAAGCACGUAAACAGGCAUUUGGCCGUGUGUGCGGUGAUGGGUUCCGAUCCGUGCCUGACGAAAUGGAGAUUAAAGGGAACGACGAGGUGGAGAAAAUAAAGUCUAAGUUCAUUUCGGCAUGGAAUAAUGUCAAAUACAGUUGGAUGCUGAAAACAAAGACUUCCUUUAGUCGCAAUUCUGCAGUCUUCCUGCUGGGGAAAUGUUAUCACUUCAAGGCAGAUGAUGAAGACAGUCCUACAGAAAGCUGCAGCACAGACGUAUUUGAUGACGAACCUGUCAUGGGCAAUGUGGAUGGAUUUCGGAGGGAUUUUGCUUCACGGAUCUGGCUCACUUAUCGGGAUGAUUUCGCCACGCUGCCGGAAUCGAACAUCACCACAGACUGUGGCUGGGGCUGCACUCUCAGAGCCGGGCAGAUGAUGCUGGCCCAGGCACUUUUACUGCAUUUCUUGGGUAGAGACUGGACCUGGCCUGAUGCACUGACCUUGGAGCCUCUGGACACUGAGACAUGGACGAGCACCACAGCACGAAAACUUGUCGCCUCAAUAGAAGCUUCAUUCCAGGGAGACCGGCUGAGAGUCCCAGAGCCUUUAUGCCAGCCCCAGUGUGGGGCAGAAGAAGCCGACGCCCACCUGAAAGAGGUGUACCACCGCACUAUCGUGUCCUGGUUUGGAGACAGUCUGUCUGCCCAGCUCGGGGUCCACCGGCUGGUUCGUCUGGGUAUGACCUCAGGGAAAAGAGCAGGAGAUUGGUAUGGCCCUGGAGUAGUGGCACACAUACUCAGGAAAGCUGUGGAAAUUGCUACAGAUCCAGAACUGCGAGGUGUGACUGUUUAUGUGGCGCAGGACUGCACAGUGUACAACGCUGAUGUUAUCGAGAGUCACUCAGUGCAGGUGGACACACACGCGGCCCCUGAGGGAGCGCUCACUGACAACAGAGCCGUCAUCAUUCUCAUCCCUGUCAGACUGGGGGGAGAGAAGAUUAACCCUGAAUACUUCAAUUUUGUCAAGGCUAUCCUGAGCUUGGAGUACUGUAUCGGAAUCAUUGGAGGGAAACCCAAACAAGCCUACUACUUCGUUGGAUUUCAAGAUGACAGCAUGAUUUACAUGGACCCUCAUUACUGUCAGUCUUUUGUGGAUGUCAGCACAAGCAAUUUUCCUCUGCAGUCAUAUCAUUGCCCAUCACCAAAGAAGAUGCCUUUCAUUAAAAUGGACCCAAGCUGCACUAUUGGGUUCUACUCCAAAAGUGUUCAGGAUUAUGAAAGAAUUAGCAGCGAACUGGCAAAGGUCAGGGUCACUAGAGUCUAUCCUGGAAAACACGGUGUAUGAUGUAGGAAGACACUCUGGAUGGGAUUCCAGUUCAUCACAGCCAUGUUCCCACAGUUCCUUAAAAAUGGAGCUUGGAGUGGCUUUCUUCCAUCCAUCCAUUUACUGCAUAUCCUACACAGAGUCUCAGGAAGCAUGGAGCCUAUCCCAGGUGACUCGGGGCACGAGGCAGAGGAGACCCUGGAUGGGGUGCCAACACAUCAUAGGGCACAACUGCACACACACCCAUUCACACACUAUGGACAAUUUGGAGAUGCCAAUCAGCCUGCAGUGCAUAUCUUUGGACUUGAGGGGAAGCCGGAGUGCCCGGAGGAAACCCCCGAAGCGCCUGGAGAACAUGCAAACUCCGCGCACACAGUGCAGAGUCAGGAUUCGAACCCCCAACCCUGGGGGUGCGAGGCAAGUGUGCUAGACACUACGCCACCGUAAUCCCCACUUCCUACCUUGAAAGGCCUGAACUCCAUCUAAUUUGAAAAAGCAAGUUUUGCUAAUUCGCCAACACUAACUGCCAAUAUUUACCUAACUUAGCUUGUUUUCUUUGCUAAUGCCAAGUUAGACAAGCAUCAAUUCCAGUAGCUAACAUAAAGGGCUAGGCAGCAAGUCAAAUUCUAGCUAAUGGUGAUAAAUAUUGGAUAUUUACACGAUAUUUUACUUCAGGUUAAUUCAUUAGCAAACUACCUAGCAUUAGCCACCAGCAAACUUGCAGAGAUUCAAUGAUUUUUUUUCGGGUAAAACAGCGUAGUUGCUUUAAAAUGAAAAUCAUUUUCUUAGAGUUUUAGCUAAGUAAAAAAAAGUUACUUUUUACAUAAAGACAUGCCAUUGUUUAAAAUCUUAAGUACGUGUCAAAGUUUUUUUUUUUUUUUGCUUUCACUUGUAAUUUGUUUUUAUGUCCACUUUCACCGGUAAGAUUUUGACACAUCUAUCACAUACAUCUACUGUAUACUUUCACUUAUACAGCAACAUUUCUCAGUACUUUUUACACCCGUCUUCGUUUCAAUGUUUAAGGUUAUUUUCCAAUAAUCAUGCGAGAUGAAUGUUAACUGUACAUUUUAAACCCUCACCCACACUCCAAUGGGGCCAAAUGGGAAAAACAGGACCUCAGAAGAGACAACUGCUUAUUGUACACUCUUCACAGGAAAAGAAAAUGUACGUGUAUUGGACUCAGUGUUGCCAUGGUUAAUUCUUCUGUUUCUGUUCUGUUUGAGAAAUGCUUGUGCUGUUUCCUUGUUAAAUCCAAAUUCUUGUAUUUAAAAGGCCAUGGCCUUUGACGAUGGGCUCUGUUUUGGGGAACAGUCUGCCCUUUUGAGGGCCGCAGCAGAAGAAUCGGCCGUUUGUGUUGACCAUGGCAUGUCGUGAAGACGGACCCGAUGGAGUACAAUGAGUCCAUCGAGCUGCUGCGUUUUUCAGCAUUUGUAUCUCUGAUCAGUAAAUUGACUCUGGGCUGUUUUUAGGAAACGGCACACAGAGGAAGAGGAAAAGGAUUGCUAGGGUUGAAGAAUGCAGCGAGAUGCCGGGAUGCCAUUUUGUGAGUGUUACAUGAAAGGGCAUUUGUGCUCUGGGGCAUCAGGGCUUUGAGGGGACUCUGUUCUGCUUGUAUUUAAGAUGCUGUCUGUAUGAAUAUUUGAUUAAUGAGCCAUGAUUUCCAGGAUAGUGAAUUCUGUAUCUAAGCAGAAUACCAAGCCUCGGCACUCGGUUUUAACACAACUGCCAGUAGACGCAUUGAUUCCUGCAGAUUCCUGAACAUUUUUUUGAUGUGAAUGAAGCGGGAAACACACUUCUGCUUACAAAUCUGGCUGAAUGAAGUUUUUCUCAAUGCUGGGUCUUGAAAAAAAGAGGAUACAACAUCAAACUAGCUUGGAUUAGACUAUAGAAGAGUAUGCCCAUGCGUGCAAACUCAAUAAACUGAUGAUACGCUAAGAUGACUUAGUAUUAGAAUUGCAUUAUAGGUUAGCUAAGAAACUUAGAAAGAUUACCCAACCAUCUAUUUAUAAGCAACCAUCCUUGCUUAAAACAUUCUUUUCCAUGACUCAUCCAUUAUAGGAUAUGAAGAAAUGUUCAUUUUAGUAUCACAACAUUCACUCAACCCUGUUACCUGAACUCAUUCACCCGAAUGUUCUACAAGUUCAACAAGAAAUUGCAUUGCGCAAAUUUCUCGAAGAUCACAGGAAGAAGAAAAUUAAGUUCUCAUUCUUCACUCUUUAUUCUCUCGCUUAGUGGUUAGCACGUUUGCGUUGCACCUCCGUGGUUGGGGGGGUUGAAUCUUACAUCCACUCUGUGUGCAUGGAACUUGCAUGUUCUCCCCGUGCUUCUGAUGCUUCUGAUUAUCCAGAUUUGUGUUCUGUGAUGGAUUGGCACCCUGUCCAGUGUGUCCCCCGCUCUGUGCCCAGUGUUCCCUGGGAUAAGCUCCAGGCUCCCCGUGACCCUGUGUCGGAUAAGCGGUAUGGAAAAUGGAUGGAUGGAUUGUCCUCGUACCAUUAACAUGGAUGCCAGUUAACCACAUUUAGUGUAUUUGUUAAUUCUAUGCUGAAAAUUCAAACCCUGUUACUUUCCAACCUGUUAUGCAUUUAUGAGCAAAAUGCACUUACUGUCAGCAAAUAAAUCUUGUAAAACGA